CGGAGCACGCUCGCCGUCGCGGGGAGGCGCGGCGGGACAAGAUGGCGGCCGCCGGGCGGGUGGGCGUCCUGUUAUGCCUGGCGCUGGCGGCCGGCGCGGCCGCGCUGGGAAAACAGAGCCCGGUGAAGGUGCUGUCGGACGGCAUGUGGCGGGAGCUGCUGCAGGGCGAGUGGAUGGUGGAGUUCUAUGCCCCUUGGUGUCCCGCCUGCCAGAACCUGCAGCCCGAGUGGGAGAAGUUUGCCGAGUGGGGUGAGGACCUGGAAGUGAAGAUCGCCAAAGUGGAUGUCACGGAGCAGCCGGGAUUAAGUGGACGAUUUGUCAUAACAGCUCUUCCUACCAUCUAUCACUGUAAAGAUGGAGAGUUCAGGAGAUACCAGGGUGCAAGAACUAAAACUGAUUUCAUAAAUUUCAUCAGUGACCAGGAAUGGAAAGCUAUUGAACCAGUUUCAUCAUGGUUUGGUCCUUCCUCUUUCCUGAUGAGCAGUAUGUCAGCUUUGUUUCAGUUGUCAAUGUGGAUCAGGCACUGCCAUGGUUAUUUAACAGAAAACGUUGGGAUACCAGUCUGGGGUUCAUAUGCUGUCUUUGCAUUGGCAACUUUGUUUUCGGGACUGAUACUGGGACUUAUGAUGGUGUUCUUAGCAGACUGCAUCUGUCCAUCUAAAAGGCACAGACCACCACAGUACCCUCACUCAAGAAAGCUAGCUCCAGAGUCAGCUCAGCUGCUGAAAAAGCUGGAUGAGGAGCAAGAAGCAGAUGAGGAAGAUAUCUCAGAUGAUGAAAUGGAGGGUAAUGAGGCAUCCAACAGAAGCUCAUCACCGAAUGCUGUCAGGCAACGCCCAGUGAACACUGCUGCUACAACGGAUAAAUCUUAGCUUUAUUUGCAUGCAGGAUUAAGUGUUUGAGUCACCAGUUCAAAAGGAGAUAAAUGUCAAAUCCUUCAGCUUGAAGCGAAGAACGACUCCUGUCAUGGUAAUACGGAUGCAUUUCACAAAUUCAGAAAAAAAAAAAAAAAAAAAAAAAAGGGCAUCUUUGGCAUCAGGUAUU